GCCCCAAAAAGGCACAGUCGACUCGGGCCCAACCGCAGUUUUGGCCUGGUCGAACAUUUUACGGAAAUAACUGACAUGCCGAGUUAGGCGGGAGCUAAAAACGGACGAACAGCCGGGCUCUGCCGCAGUGAGCUGUGCUGCUGUAGCUAACAACUAACGGAAGAGUUACUGCCAGACGCAGCGAUGGCGGGCCAGCUGACGGACGCGCAGAUCGCGAAGAUGAGGGAACAGUUCGUGACGUUCUCCCAGGAUGGCAGCGGGAAGGUCACGGCGGACCAGAUGAUCCAGGUGUACGGGGCGCUCGGCAUCGCUCUGAGCGAAGAACAAAAGCAGGAGAUCCGUAAGGCUGUGCUGGCAGUGGACCCGAGCGGAGGACCAAUCAGCGCCGACGACUACCUGGCCCGGAUGCAGAUGACUGACUCGGCAAUGGCCGCAUUCAAGAUGUUUGACAAGGACAACAGCGGGUACAUCGACAAGAACGAAAUCAUCCAGGGCAUGGCGCAGCUGGGCAUGCAGGUCACGGAGGAGGAGGCGGAGGAGAUGCUGCAGGAGGCCGACACGGAUGGAGACGGGAGGAUUAACUAUGAAGAGUUCGCGAAGACGUUCCAGUAACGAAGAGAGCUGGUUUGGGAGAACACGCCGUGGCCCCAUGCUAUAGUGGAACAGUCCAGUGUAAAUCCAACCCCCGCCGACUAGAGUAGUUUAGUCCACUUGACAAAUGUUCCUCUGUUGUAUUGCUUUCCACCAAAGUCAGAGUAGCCUUCUGCGCCACCGAACUUGCAAUGAUUGAUGUAGAAAAACGGUUUGAUUGAACUCAAGGCCAGAUUUUGAGAAAAGAAUAGCGCAUAUAGCUGAAUGAAACAUAAAGUUGACAUGAUAGCAAAGUUCCCAUAUUCAUCUCACUGUUCCAACAAGUAUUGACUGUAUAUAAAUCAGAGUUGUUAUUGAAGAAAAGCCAUGGGUGACGAUUUUGUUCUGUCUAACGUUAAUUCUUCCAUGUGGGUUUGUUCUGCUUGUAAAUGCCAGCCUUUCUCAGAUGACCUUAGAUGAAACACAUUUAUGUAUGUUAUGAUGUAUUUGUUUAUUUUGCACAGUUACACGUUUGUAGCUGUUGGAAUAUCGAAAUUGUGCGUAUUUCUGUUGCCAUACUGUGCAAUGUAUUCUGGUAUGUAUUGAUCAAUGCAAAAAAAGCAAAGUCACUGUUUUCUGGUAAAUUUUCUACAUUAUAAAUUGAAUCUACCUUAUCUUAAUAUCUGUUUUGUACUUUGCAUUGAUACUCACAACAUGUGAUUGCGGCUUUGCUGCGGGGUGAGAAAGUUUUCAAAUAUGCACAAUUCUCGCCACCAGUUGAGUUGUCCGGCAUUUUGCUCAACCUCCUGACGAAUCAAGGAUCACGCUGGAAAACGUGUGAAGCUCUGAAGGAGGUUUGAUAGGAAAUAUUUCAAAUAAAACAUGUACGGUUUGUCUGUAUGUUAAAGAGACUUCUUCUUCCUAAAGGGCGACCGUUUUAUGAACUUUCGAGCUUCUAGUCAUCCUCGCACAGUUUAUAUUAAAAUGUUAUCAUUUAUUCUUGAAAA